CCCCGAGAAGAAAAGGAAGGGAAGUUCAUUCGAGUCCGAGCUGCGGACAACACUAAAGCGCCUCUCUUCUCUACCUUCUCCCAGCCAGAACGGUGCUUUUCUGUCAAGGGACACAUGCUCUUGGCAAAGAAGUUUGUCCAGUUGCUGCCCUUGCCUGUAAUACAGUGACCCUAAUCCAGCAGUUUUCAGUGUCCAACGCACCCUUCAUUGAACAGUUUGAUGGAGAAUCGGGCGGAUGACAGCGGGAACUGUUGUAAUCACCGGCGGAAUCCUUGCGACCGUGAUCCUGCUCUGCAUCAUUGCUGUCCUCUGCUACUGUAGGCUCCAGUAUUACUGCUGCAAGAAAGAUGCAUCUGAUGAGGAGGAAGAGGAGGAGAAGCCCGACCUUCCCGCUCACUCCCGAGUGUCCACCUGCAAUGCUUGCAGUUCUCAAGUCCUGGAUGGCCAAGGCAUGGCAUCUCUCUCCGAGCUCUCCAACCAGCAGCAGCAGGGUGCUCAGAGCUACUGUUCCACCUACAGCUCCCCCUUCUACAUACGGACUGCUGACAUGGUGCACAACGGCGGGGAGAGGAUCACCUACACCCCCACCUGCUACAAGGAGGUGGGGCCACCUCUCCAAAUGGCGGCCUUCCAGAGUUAUCCGGUGACCCGGCCCAGCCUUGGACGAGAGGCUUUUACCAACCCAAGGGCUAUUAGUACAGAAGUGUGACCCCUAUCCCCUAUCCACUGAACACUGCUGCAGGAGCAGGGUAGGGCACAGCAGUGAGAGGACCCCACCCCUUGGAUUUUAUCCAUUUGUUUCUGGCUUUUCUCGCCAUGUGGAGUAGGGGCUCCUUGGAAUGCAUGCCACUAGGUGACAGAAUCAUCACUCUCUUGGCUCUGGCUCCUGCUAGGGCAUUACAGGAUGGCAGACGGGAGGAGAGUGAUGCUUUGCCUCACAGGACAAUUUUGUAGCCCCCUGCAACUAUAUUUACUUUGCCAUUUCUACCCACUGGCAGGGCAUGUCCCCUGAGGGCUAUAUACAAAACAAAUCCAUCUCAAGCUGAGAGAAGAGAGAGAGGGCUGUAAAUUAAUGCAGCAUCCACGAACCCCUUAAUGCCUCGGUAGAUGGACUGAAUAUGCUCCGAAGAGAGAGCAAAGCCAUUCUGUGCUACGUCAGGAGCGAGAACUGGCAGACAUGAAAAGAAAGAGAACAUGGAGAGUACCGCCAUUUAAAGAGUGGGAAUUUAGACAAACUUGUUCGAUGAAGUUAAGAGGAAAGUCUAUCAGCCGCUUGUUUCAAAAUCUGGUGUUGUAGUAGUUGUAGUAACUGAAUGCUGCUAGCACCUGUAGUCAAAUUUAAGAAUAGAAAAACCUAUUAUUGGUUAUGUGAGUCUUCACACCAAACACCUAUGGCAAACCCAUAAUCACAGAGCCAGGAAGGGCCUUUAAGUUCAUCUAAUCCGGUGCUCCAACCCCCACCUCCCAGAAGAAAGUGCUUCAUUUUCUGACUUUUAAAAAUUUAGGAAAUCUAUCCUCAGCAAUGGCAAUGGAAGAAUUAAAAUCGUUGGAAGAAAGAGAUUUGGGAAGGACUCUGCUGACAUAUUCAAAGGAGGAUUUUCAAGCUAAUUCCCUAAAGAUGCUUAAACUGCAGACAUAAGGAAGGCAUGUAUUGUUCUUAAAGGAUGAACAUUUUUAUGAAAACACUGUCUUUUUUGGCCACUGUGUACUAAAGUGUUAGACACCUCCUCCCCCUUUGGUGCAUGGACAAAAAUAACUGGGCUAAAAUUUAAUCUCUGAUGGGAUUUCUUGUGUUUUGUUGAGGACAGACAGGCCCUAAUUUUGGAUGAUGACCUUGUCUGUUGCUCCUGCCUCCUUCUCUGACUCCAUCAUUCCCUCAUCCCACCAGGUGCUUCAGUAGGACCUCCCAUUUAAUCCCCGCUCUACCACUUGUCUGCUGUGAGACCUUGGGCAAGUCACUUCU